AUGAGUAGUGGAAAUGGCUCCAAAAGAUUGCCGUCGUUGAAGAGCUCUUCUGGUGCCUCUGGUCUAAAAUUUAAACCAAAAUUUGUUGCCAGAAGGACGAAAGAAGAAAGAGAUGCAUCAGCACCAAAGAUAAAGCAGGAGGAGUCUCAAAAACCUGCAUACGAUAAGAAAAAGGCACAAGAAAAAAGACCUGCUAGUAAUCAACAGCGGCGAGUACCACGUUAUUUGAAUAAUACCCACGUCAUUUCUUCUGGUCCUCUAGCAGCAGGAAACUUUGUCAGUGACAAAGGUGGUGAUUUCAAGAAAAGUUUCAUCAAAUCUGAAGGUGGCUCUACAUCAUUGGUACAUAAGGGUUUACAGACCAUCGAUAAUGCGGCUGUAGAAUCUGAAGAUGAUCAAGAUGAUGCCGAUGAGGAAAAGAAAGAAACAGCAGACAACAAUCAAAGAAAAAGCAAGUCGAAGUUCAACAUGGGGAGAGAGUAUACAGUUCACGAGCUGACAGAGGAUAACUACGAGGAAGAAGAAUUUGAUAGUGAUGUAAAUAUGGAUGACGAAGCCUGGCAAGCCAAAAGGGUUGAAGAACUAUUCCCGAUUCGACCAAUAAGAAUUAGACAUGAUGACCUUGAUACAGUUCAAAAGGAGGUUCAAGAUUCAUUCUCAGAAGGCACUACAAGAGAGGCAACACCGAUGAUUCAAAUAAAAAAGGAAGAUCACAACAGAGGGUUCGAGUCCAAGGAAACGGAUCUGCAACAGCUCUUGAAAGCAAAAGAGGAAAACAUGCUUGACAGAAUAAAAAAAUUGAAUUUUCAAGAGCAGUUUCGUUCAUUAGACGAGAAAGAAUCCCUUCAAGAAAUGAAAAACUUGACAGAAGAUCAUUUACGUAUUUGGAAAAAACUAAACAAAAUCAACAACAAACCGAAGAGAUUUGUUUUAUUUCAAUUACCAUCUAAAUUGCCAAGUUUCGAAGAAAUAACACCAAAAACCGAGAACGAGCAAACAGAUCAUCGAUUACUCUCGACUCAAGAUUCCACCCAAUCUGAGCAAGAGAACAAACAAAGUGGCAUAGACUUCAGCGCAAAGAAGAACAGAAAGCAAGAAGUGGUAAAAGAGAACUUUACUCCACAAGAUUCACUCACCGGGAAAAUUGGUUCUUUAAGAGUUCACAAAUCAGGAAGACUUUCGGUCGAGAUAGGUGGGGUAAUAAUGGAUAUAAACAGAGGUGCUGAUACCAGCUUUCUGCAAGACGUAGCGUCUGUAAACGACAAUGGCGAAACGCCAACCGUGGAACUCUUGGGACGUCUCGACGGAAGAAUGGUUGUCACUCCGAGAUUUUGA